AUUAACAAUAUGCAAAACUAUUUUGAUAAAAAAAUAGAUGAACUGAAAACCUACUUCAAUACAAAAUUAGAUAAUUUACAAGUAAACAAAAACGCAAAUAAUAACGAUGGAGCUUACCCAGUAUAUUCGCUUCCAGAAGGUUUUCCAUUAAAAAAUAUGCAAGAAUUUGAAGAGUUCGAGGAAAAUAAGGAAAAGCAGGGAGAACUAAGAAAUUAUUUUAUUUGGUGGGGAAAUCCUAAUGCAAAAGUUGCUUUGAGACAGUACCUUAGAUAUUCUAUCUCAGAUGAACUUGCAUGCCAAUUUAAGUGGGCUAAAAAAAAUAAUAAGGAAAGUAAUGAUGAAGAACCGGAAAAUGCGGAAAUGAACCUGCAUCACACAAGACAUUAUAUGACACACGGCUGA